AUGGUCGAAACGGCCAUGCUGGCGGCGCUCGCCGGCCUGGCGUACACGCUCUUCACGACCGUCGGCCUGGACAAGUACGUGGGGUACUUCCUCCCCGUCGCGCCGAUCGUGGCGGCCCUGCGCAACGGGUCUGCGGCGUGCCUGCGCACCGUCGGGGCGACGUUCGUGCUCCUGCUCGUCCUCCAGGGCCCGCUCAGGGCGAGCGUGUACUUCUUCCUGCACGGCUCGAUGGCCUGCGUCAUGGGCUGGGCCAUCUCCCGCCGCGUGCGGUGGCGCGUCGCCGUGCCCGCAGCUGCUCUCGCCAGGGUCUUCGGCACGCUGGGGUACCUCGCGAUGACGUCGUGGGUGAUGAACGAGAACCUGCUGCGCCUCCUGGUGUCCAACGUGUGCACGCUGCUGGACCAGAUCGCGGCGUCGAUGGGCACCACGGGCGUGCCGUCGCCGUCGACGGUGUACGGCCUGAUCGGCGUGCUGCUGAUGGUCAACGGCCUGGCCUACAGCCUGCUGCUGCACGCGCUCUACGCCGUGCUGCUCAAGGGGAUGGGGUACACCGACAUAUUCGUGCCGAAGUUCUUCCGCAAGUACGGAAUAUAG